CUCAACUAAACCUUCUUAAAACGCAGGUUUGAAUGCAACUUGUUGGCGUUUCUCUAAUCUUCCCGGUGGAGAAUCGUUCGCAUCAGAUCCAGGAAGUCCCCGUGUCUUCCACCGGGGGGGUUAAUAAUUACUGGAGACACCCCACAACGAUCUGCAUCCUUGCGCAUACAACGAAGGUUCGCCGGUACAGCAGUUUUCACACUUUUCAGACAUAGUGGGGAUUUAACUCUGGUAAUAAAAAAAGAGAGCAGCUUUGCCAGUGACUGCGAAUAAGUCGUUGAAAGUGUGAGAAAGUGCCAAAUAUCAGAUUUGAACGUUGACCACACGACCGCCUUAACUGUGUUUAUGCCCACACGAAGGAUCUGCCUUUCAGAUAAGAGUUGAAGGACCCUCAGCGCGCACAGCAGCAACAUCUACAGAAGCAGAUGCACUUUUAGUAUAACCAGUCUGAGUUCCGACUGUUUGUACUGGACGUGCGUAAAUAAAGGACGCCUCCAAAGACAUUCCGGGAUAGCUUUUAUUCUUUUCUCCAAAAACGAAAGACUGAAUAUCAACAGACGAAGAACAUCCACGGAAGAAAAUGCCUCGGAAGAAGCUGGAUGAAAAUCUGACAAAACCUCGCAACAUCUGUCUGACAGGCGAUGCUGUGAGAAGAGAGAUAUGGAUGUUGAAGAAUUACCCAUGAGCUACAUUUAUAAGUUUUUCCUUGGUUUGAUGCUGAUCCUGUAACUGUAGUGCUUUGGCUUCCCAACAUCAUUAGAAAUAGGGAGCAAAGCCAAGUUACAGUCAGAACCUGACUAAGCUUUCUUGUGGACUUCAGAAAAGAUAAGGGAGAGAGAGAGAGCAAGCAAACCUUUGUAUCUGUUGUCAUCAUCUUCCUACGCACAGUUCCCUGGUUUGCUUUAUUGAAAAGGAGGAGCCCAUUAAAGCAUUUGAUAGAUAGGAAAAGCUUGGUCUGAAGGUGUGGUUGCUGGCUGGCUGCUGGUUGGAGAUGAGAUAAGAGCGUGGGGAAACGAGAGAGACAAGACGUGCCUUUCUGACGGGAGAUGAAUACAAAUUAGGAUUUUGCCCUCCUGCAGCUACACCAGUUAAGCGAAUCAAUACUGAAGUGGAGAAAUGGUCAAAUUCGUCUCUGAUUCAUGCCAACUAAUCAUCAGUAUCAUUAGUUCUAAACCAAAACUGUGGAAUGAGUUGUUUGCUAACGGUUAAUAUGAAAUAAUUCUUUUGAAUAAAAGGGUUGAUGAAUUACGGAGAGAUCCGUUUACAAAUGCGGUUUCAAAAAAGUUAGAAAAAAGAACAUUAAAAGGCGGACUUCUGGUCAAAACCAUCAGUGCCACACCAUCAUGGCCUUUUUCAGUGUUACACCUGAACUGAUCCGUGUACACUUGUAGAUUAUAGAUAUGAGACUGGAUUCAAAGCAGGUUUAACAGAGUGGAGGCGUGAUGGAGCUGGACAACAGCUCACUGGACUACUUCAUUAGAAACUUCACAGAGAUUCCUAACACCACUACAGCACCACCCUGGAGCGAGGCCACACUCCUCGGUUUCCAGGUCUCUCUGUCUGCUCUGUUAGCCAUUGUCACCUUGGCUACUGUCCUUUCAAAUGCCUUUGUCAUCGCCACCAUCUUUCUGACCAGGAAGCUCCACACACCUGCCAACUUCCUAAUUGGCUCCCUCGCCGUCACAGACCUGUUGGUUUCCAUUUUAGUCAUGCCAAUUAGCAUCGUGUACACUGUCAGCAAGACCUGGUCGCUGGGGCAGAUUGUUUGUGACAUCUGGCUGUCAUCUGAUAUCACAUUCUGCACCGCCUCCAUCUUGCACCUGUGUGUAAUUGCGCUGGAUCGCUAUUGGGCUAUCACGCACGCGCUGGAGUACUCAAAGCGCCGCACCAUGCGCCGUGCAGGGAUCAUGGUUGGGGUGGUGUGGGUGAUAUCUAUAUCGAUUUCCAUGCCUCCACUUUUCUGGCGGCAGGCCAAAGCCCAUGAGGAGCUUACAGAGUGUAUGGUGAAUACAGAUCAGAUCUCUUACACCCUAUACUCCACCUUCGGCGCCUUCUACGUUCCCACAGUGCUUCUCAUCAUCCUCUACGGUCGGAUUUACGUCGCAGCCCGCUCUCGCAUUUUUAAGACACCGUCGUCGUCUGGGAAGCGUUUCACCACAGCGCAGCUAAUCCAGACCUCUGCAGGGUCCUCUCUCUGUUCUCUUAAUUCCUCCUCCCACCACGAAGCACACCUACACUCUGGCAAUGCGGGAGGUGUGGGAGGAGGAGGGGGAGGGGGAGGGUCGCCUCUGUUCAUGAACAGCGUGAAAGUCAAGCUGGCAGACAACGUGCUGGAGAGGAAACGUCUGUGUGCAGCACGGGAGAGGAAAGCAACCAAGACACUGGGCAUCAUCCUGGGCGCGUUCAUUGUCUGUUGGCUUCCCUUCUUUGUUGGCACGCUUGUCAUGGCGAUAUGCAAAGAGUGCUGGUUUGAUCCAGUGCUGUUUGACAUCUUUACAUGGCUGGGAUACCUGAACUCCCUCAUCAACCCUGUCAUCUACACCGUCUUCAACGACGAAUUCAAGCAGGCUUUCCAAAAGCUCAUCAAAUUCAGACGGUGCUCCUGAAAAAAAGACAAGCGUGGAUUAAAACUGGCAUAUCCAGUGAAAAGAAAUGGAGCGAAAAAGGCAAAACAAAAACAAUAGAUAA